AGAGAGUCCAUGUCCAUUUCUUCCCCUUGAAUCACAAAUCUUGUAUAUAAAUAUAAUUCUUCUGUCGGUAGAAGGCGUUGGAAUCCCUCGAAUCGAUCCAUUUCCUCUUCUUGCUUGCUGCUCGCGAUCCGAUUUGGGUGAGGAAGAUGAUCCAGCUUCUGUUUGCGGUGCUGACCGCCGAGGUAGCGGUGGCGUUGUCACUUCUCUUCAAGACGCCGCUCCGCAAGCUCGUCAUUCUUGCCCUUGACCGCCUCAAGCGCGGCCGCGGCCCGGUCAUGGUGAAGACCGUCUCUGGCACCGUCCUCGUCGUCCUCAGCUCCAGCCUCUACAGCAUGGUCAAGAUCCGCAGCCGAUCCGACGAGCUUGGACUCACCCCCACCGACCAGGUCCUCAUGAGCCGCCACCUCCUUGAAGCCUCCCUCAUGGGUUAUUCUCUUUUCCUUGCCCUAAUAAUUGAUCGUCUACACCAUUACGUUAGAGAACUUCGUGGGCUAAGAAAGAGCAUGGAGGCGGUCGUGAAACAAAACAGGUCGCUGGAAGAAGCAAAAGGUGGGGGUUUUGAUGAGAUGAAGGCACGGGAUGCAGAAAUUGCAAAUCUGAAUCAACAAGUAAAACGACUACAGUUAGAGACACAAGAGAGGACGGAGGAAGCCAAAGCUGCAGAACUGAAGGUAGAAGCUCUCAAGAAACAAUCAGAAGAUUUGCUUAUCGAGUAUGACCGUCUCUUGGAGGACAAUCAGAACCUCCAAAACCAAAUACAUUCUAUUGAGAAUCAUACUUGAUAGCCAGAAAGUUGCCUAAAACUGAAGAGUGUGGAAUUACUGAGGAGACAGUUGAAUUGCUAUCAUACAACAGUUUUACUACUGAUUGUGUUGGUCAAUUCAGGACUUUGUUUUGAUAAUUUCUCUUAAGAAAUAAUGUUGAUUAA